CACGUUUUCACACAGUUUUUUUUAAGAUAAUUCAGAAAAUUUUCUUCCAAGAUUUUGAUAGUGACAAAAAUAGUUCAUUUCUGAACAGAAACGUGCUUUUAGACCAAUUAUCGAUUUUUAUUUUGUCAGUAUUCAAGAAGUGAAAUAUUGAUUUUUGUACCAGCCAGGGUCGUAUGAAAAUAUUCAAAAUGGCGGAGACUCAUUUCAUAUUAAAAUAAAAAGUUCUAGAUCUAUUAAAGGGUGUGGAUUUUUAGCAUUUACAUGAGGCCCUUCUGAGACACAUCAUCUCUAUGAGAUGGCAACUCUGAGAGGAAUGCCUCGGCGCAGAGGGCGCCCUGCUAAAGCCGUACGUCUUGCCAGAGGAGCUAUCUUGUCCAGACAGGUACAGAGUCGUGAUUCCCCUUCCACAAGAGCGAAACGGGCAAGCCAGUCUCUCACAAAUGGUGGAGUUGCUCAGAAAGAUGACAAAAUUGAGCUUUCUUUAGGCGAUGAACUAGACCGAUGGAAGGAAUUGAAGGAAAGACAAGACCUAGAGACGGAUGAGGAAAUGGCAAGGUUCCUUCUAGAUUCAUGGGAAACAAAAGAGACAAGAAGAGAGAAUCAGAUUCAGGUUGGCAUGGCAACGAUAAGAGAUUUUGAAAACUUCAAAACACGCACUAAAAAGUCCUCAGACGAGGUGAUUAGGUAUUUUUUACGUCUGGAUUUGGAGCCUGGACAGAAUAUUAUAUCCGUGAGCGAGGAGGUGGGCAAAACAUUUGAUUUAUUGAAGACCAGCUUGAAGAUGGGAGCAAAUGAUUUGAUGACACAUUUGUUUGGUCUACGAGAAAAACUGAUGAAAAAGCCUGAGGAAAAUAAAGGGAAUUAUCUGUCUGGUAUAGAAAAGAGGGUAAGAGAUGCCGUGAGGGAAGAAAUGGUACAGUUAAUGAAUGACGGAGUUCUCUCCCCUUCCUCUCAAAAUUCUGCUAAUGAAGCAAAAAAUGUACAGUCAAAUAAAAGAGAGCAUACAGAGGCAGCCGCGGACCAUUCACCUGAUGGAGGAAAGAAACGCCCAAGAAAAUCUCUGCCACAGCGUGUUGUUAUAGAACAAGAUGACUUGUCAGAGUCGGACAUGGACGGAAGUGUGUCUGUUUCGUCUGCCAGCUGGGAGCUUGAUACUUCUAAUACAGGUAAUGUUGAGGAUCAGGAAAUCAUGCAGUACAACUAUGUUAUCAACCCAACCCAAACUUUUGUGCCCAUCAAUGCUAGCACUCCAGUCACUCUAGUUGGUAACCCACAGGUUUCCUGGACUGGUAUAUCCACAUCUGUAGCCGUAGUUCAACAAGCAGCUGGUAACCAAGUGAUGGUUUCCCCAAUUACACAAGGUGCAGCCGUGUUAAAUUCCCUACAGGAAAAAGAACAAGAAGCAAAAGGACAUUUUAAAGUUGGAUCGUUUACAGUUAUUAGAGAAUCAAAUGGUUUGUUGAGUUGUCCACAUUGCGACUAUAAAGGAACAAACAUUGUACGUCUAAGACGACAUUUUACAUUGCAUACUGGGAAAGCUUACAAGUGCAACAUCUGUGACAGAAGCUACACUGAGGAAUGUAAAUUAAAGGAACAUUUCCAAGUUAAACAUGAGAAAAGUGUUCAUUUCAAAUGUCAUCUAUGCGAUAGAGAGUUCACAUCAAAAGGUGGUCUUAAAUACCAUACAAGGACAGUGCAUAAAAAAGAUUUUGCCUACUGGUGCGAAGGUUGCUGUAAAGGAUUUAAUUUUUUGCAGUUUUAUCAAGCCCAUAUGAAUAAACAUAAUGGACCAUGCCAGUAUAAAUGUAACGUUUGUAACAAAGAAUUUACUUACCUUGCCACAUUGUCGAUGCAUAGGAAAACAUGUGUUGGUGCAGGUCAGAUAAACAGUCUGGCAUGUGAAAUGUGUGGGGAAACAUUCAUGAAUGACAAAGAUUUGAAAGAACAUACUGUUACUGAGCACUUUGAUGUUUCCCGAUUCCGCUGUGUAUGCGGCGUUGAGUUUCGAUGGAGAGCUGGGUUCGAUAAUCAUAAAGCCAAAUGUAGUGAAGUUCUUGCACAAAAGAAGAGAGCACAGGAGAUAGAUGGCUUAAGUAACAUGAUGAUAGUCAAUGUGGAAAGUUUGUCAAACAAGAAUCAGCAAGUCUCACCAAUGUCUAUGAGGUCCGAGGAGGAUGUUAAUAAAGGUACAAAUGUAGACUUUGAUGAAAAUUCAUCUGAUUCAAUCGAGAUUACUAAUGUAGAGUCUGGAGAACGGUUUGUGUGUGAUAUGACUGGGGAAGAAGAUGAGAUAAGUACACAGGUUGCCCAGACUGCCGCCGCCAUCCUCCAUGCAUGCCAAUUCUGCGACUACAAAACACAGAAAUCCUCCCAUAUUAAAAGACACGAGUUAACUCAUACAGGCAAGAAGUAUAAAUGCCACGAUUGCCCAAAAUCCUUUAAUGAAAUUACAAAGCUUAGGACCCAUCAGAAUUCUAAACAUCAAGGACAGGCACGAUACAAGUGUGACAAAUGCUCUCGCACAUUUUCCUCUAAGGGGGGCAUUAUGUACCAUCAACAGACCAAACAUAAUAAUUCCUACAAGUACAAGUGUGAGACUUGUGAUAAAGGAUUUAACACCAUCCAACACUAUCUUGGUCACAAAAAUACACACACAGGAAUACGACCAUAUGUCUGUGAAAAAUGCAAUGUAGGAUUUUCAUAUCCGUCUGUUCUAACGUCUCACAAGAGAGUAUGUAAAGGGAAGGUCGAUGGUCUGAAUACUGGUGGACUAGACUUGUAUCCUUGUAAAGAAUGUAAAGAAAAGUUUGCGUUGCCAUCUGCACUGCAGCAGCAUGUUCGAGAAAGACAUAGUUCAACAUUGAACAGUAAGUACAUGUGCGAUUGCGGUGAAGAGUUUGAACUACACGCCCUGUAUGAGCUUCACAAGUCACGCUGCACAAAGUCGGACAGGAGUUCCGAGAUGAUUCUUCGAACAGUGAGCGUAGAAGCCGAUUCAACAGAGAACACUACCAAUGGAGAUGAUGAGGAAUUCAAACAACUCUCGCCAGAAAAGUUUAAUGCUAUAUUAUGUAAUCAACCUGUCUUUCCAUCAUAACUGCAUGUUUUCCAUUAUUAAUUGUUAUACUUGUCUGUUGGAAGGUAUGUCUGGAAAUCCGUGAUGGCACUAAAUUCUUUACUGUAAAUGAAAAAAAAAAUAAUGUAUUAUUUGGAGUUACAAAAAUAUCCACUUUGUUUUAAUACGUGACAGAAAGAUGCAGAAAAAGACUUUUAAAAGAAUCACCACUGGUUUUACAAUUUGAUAUUUAAAGAUUAUUAGCUUAUUUUACUUUUUUGAUACAAUUUAAAAGAAACCAAGACCAUCUGGAGGCUGUAAAGACUGUUUAGUGUUGUCAAAACAAUCAUGCAUGUAUAUUCUGUACAAAUAUUUUCAUGAAAUGCUAUAUUUUUGUUUGUUGCAGCUCUUGUAGCUUGUUUUAAGUGCAUAGUUGUGCGCUUCUGCUUACAUAUGUAUAGUAAAUAUUGUAAGGCAUUUACAUAGCUUUUUAAAUCAAUGUGACUAAACAUAAUUCUAGAUUGAAAUCUAGUGGAUUAAUAGUGUAUAUAGCAGAUUAUGAGAAUAUUAAGAGGUACUAAAAGUAUUGUAAAAUACUUUCUCUGUAUAUAGAAAUAAUUGGAGCUUUGUUAAUUAUCUGUGUUUUAACAUUUGUUAGAAAUUUAAUUUCUGAGUGUGAUCAUGUUACAGUCUGUCUCUAUUUUUUUAUUCAAAAUUAUUUUUACUUUUUAUUGGCUUAUUGCUGAAAUAAUUUGAUGAGUUUUAAAGCUUUGAUGAAACUAACCUGAUGUAAAAGAUUUAGGCUAAAUAUAGAACAUUGUUUGUUUGUCGCUUCUGACCUACCAAAAUCCUGUCAGUUUGAAAUAUUUUUUGCUGAAUAUGUAUUUUUUUCUUCCUAUGUUUCCAUGCAAGAUUUCUGGAAAUUAAAAAGAAAUUCUAUAGAUGGAAAUAAUUAAAACUUAGCAGCAUGAUACAGAAACAAUUUUUCUCAUUGAAAUAUUGAAUUACUUUAUUGAAAUUUAUAUAUUACAUCUUUUAUCAGUGGCAUGUUAUAUAGUUUUAAUUAUUUGUGUUAUCUUUAUGAUUGGAAAUGACAAACAAACAAUUUUUUAGCAUGGCUUUAUCUUUUAUAUUUCUGUGCUUAUUUGUUUAUUAGUAUGAUUAUUUUUUCCAUCUAGCUUUUUAAUUAUCUCUUGUUUUGUUAUUUUAGAGUGAAAUUUUGAAGUUUUGUUUGUAAAUGACUUUAUUUUUCUCUAGUAUUCAUGUUUCAUUUGUUAUAGACUAUCCAGUGUAUGCAAUACACAGUGUCCAUUGUUUUUUGUUGAUUAUAUUUUAAUGUGAUAAUGUCUUUGUUAAUUAUUUUCUUUUCAAUUUAUGUUUUAAUAAGAGAUCUAAGUCAGAAUAACAGUAAUCAUCUUUAAUCAAGAUGUAUUGAAACAAGGUCAGACAUGUAUGUGUUUUAUGGUGUUAUAUUUUAUAUCGAACAUUUCAGAUGCUUAUGACACGAAUGUGAAAUUAUGUGUGAUUUACGUUUCAAAAAACAAAGUGGUAUGUUGAUAUCACUUUAACUGCAUAUAUUGCUUAAAACACAAAAGAAGCAAAAGAUGUCUCAACUAUAUUGCUAAUAAAUAAAGAUUAGCAUUUUUUUUAGGCUUAAUGGGCCUUUAACAUAAUAUCUGGAUGUUUUACACUUGAACAGGACCUAUUUUUUCUGAUUCAUUUUAACUAAUUGAAACAUCCAUAAAUAAUCUUUAACAUUUUAAGGUGAAUUUUCCAUCAAAGUUUAUUAAGAUUCACAAUACUUUUUUAUUUAUAAACAUGUUAUUUGUAAUGAGGGACAUUUUUAUUUUUCUAACUGAUCAUGUUUUGUCAUCAGAUUAUUAGUUUAAGUAACUGGGCCGUGCUAAAAUGCUGUAUUAAAUUGCAUGUGUUACAGUUUUCAUAAGUACUUGUACAUGUUGUAAUGUAAUUACGGUGGCUAUUAUAUUGUAUACAGACAUAUCCCCCCCAACCACACAUGCACUCUAUAAGUGAGUCACUGGACAUAUACCCCAAAUGUGGAAGUGUAAAGGUGAACAUUUGCCCCAAAGUUUGGAAAUUUGCUAAAUGUGUACCAAAUGCACUCUUAAGCUUAU